UGGCGGCGGUUUGUGGUGGUCCGGGCUUCUCUCGCGAGAUCAGCGUUGGCGCCGUGACCUCCAUGUGAGAGCAGCGGCGCUUUGGUAAACAGUCCUCCGGGUUCAGGACAUGGCUCCCGCCGGCGCUCAUUAGCUUAGCCGAGCCGGCAGUUCCCCACUAAGCUCUGACAGGGUUUGCCGCCAUUCUGGGCUGGCUCGAGAGAAUCGUUGCUGCUGGUUGGUCGCGAGUGGGGCGGGUGGGAUCGGCGGACGAGCUUAGGAGGAGCCGAGACUGCUGGCGGGCCGGAGAAGAGGAAGGCCGGCGGGUAGGAGAAGCGGCUCGCACCGCGGCGGUCCUCGAGAUUCAGGCAGCAGCUCCUCAUCGCCGCCUUCGCUUCGCCAAGUGGAAAAAUCCAGAGGCGGGAAGCUCCCUUUCCUUUUUCUGCUUUUCUCCUUCGGGAGCGCGCCAUGUGGAUCCAGGUGCGGACCAUCGAUGGUGCCCAGACCCGGACAAUCGACGACCUCAGCCGGCUGACCAAGAUCGAAAGUCUGCGCGAAAAGAUCCAGGAAAGCUUCCGUGUAAGCCCUGACCGACAGCGCCUUUUCUACCGGGGCAAACAGCUUGAAGAUGGCCAUACCUUAUUUGAUUAUAAUGUUGGACUGAAUGAUAUAGUUCAGCUUUUGAUACGCUCAGAGUCUGAUGUUCCUUCUACAAUUUUGAAUAAAAAAGAUGGAAAGCCUGGUCCCUGUGCGGUUACCAACUGUAAGAAUAAAAUCAAACAAGGAGUGAACAGUGGAUCAUCGAGUUUGCCAUCUACAUCAGCUCGCUCAUUUCUUAUAGAUCCUGGCAUUGGUGAAUACAAGAUAAAUGAAUUGGUGGAUGCCCGAGAUGUCACUAUUGGAUCCUGGUUCGAAGCUCAUAUAGAAAAUGUAACUCGAGCAACAAAAGGACAUAAAAAUGGAAAAGCUCAAGGAAAGAGUGGCAGUAAUUACAAAAGGACUAAUGGAAACUUGAGCCAAGACCAUUCUAGAGAAAAUACAAAUAAUUUGGACAAUACACCUUCCACAUCUUAUACAGAUUAUAUGGAUACUGAAGAUAUUAUUUAUCAUAUCAAGUAUGAUGAAUACCCAGAAAGUGGCAUUGUAGAAAUGACUGUCCGUAAUCUGCGGCCUCGAGCAAGAACUAUUUUGAAAUGGAAUGAAUUACAUGUGGGUGAUGCAGUGAUGGUUAAUUACAAUGUAGAAAGUCCAGAAGAAAGAGGAUUCUGGUUUGAUGCAGAAAUUACCUCUUUGAGAGAAAUUUCAAGGACUAAUAAAGAGGCUUAUGCCAAAAUUAUGCUGGGACUCACUGAAGACCUGGAACAGCCAAGAAAGCGAAGAAUCUCGAUCUUCGCAGGAGGCUCAGAAGAUGUAAUAAAUGAUUGCAAACUCCGUUUUAUAGAGGAAAUAUACAAGAUUGAAAAACCAGGAGCGUAUCCAUUGACAUUUGCAGAUGGAGAGUUCAAAAGAAAGAGUGGUCCUGAAUGUAAACAUUGCAGAGCUGACCCAGAUAAAGAAUGUCGAUUUUGUUCUUGUUAUCUCUGUGGGGGAAAACAGGAUGCACACAUGCAACUUCUCUGUGAUGAAUGUAAUAUGGCUUACCAUAUAUAUUGCCUGAACCCACCAUUAAGCAAAAUACCAGAAGAUGAGGACUGGUACUGUCCUUCCUGUAAAAAUGAUUCUAACGAGGUUGUAAAAGCUGGGGAAAAGCUGAAACAAAGUAAAAAGAAAGCAAAAAUGCCAUCUGCCUGCACUGACAGCCAACGAGAUUGGGGCAAGGGCAUGGCCUGUGUUGGCCGUACUAAGGAAUGCACUAUUGUUCCUUCUAAUCAUUAUGGACCUAUACCUGGUGUUCCAGUUGGAGCAACAUGGAAAUUUAGAGUGCAGGUGAGUGAAGCAGGUGUUCAUAGACCUCACGUUGGUGGAAUCCAUGGACGUAGUAAUGAUGGCGCUUACUCCCUUGUGUUGGCUGGAGGAUUUGAAGAUGAAGUUGACCGAGGUGAUGAAUUUACUUACACUGGGAGUGGUGGAAGAGAUCUUUCUGGCAAUAAAAGAAUUGGGGAACAUUCAUUUGAUCAAACUCUAACCCACAUGAACAGGGCCCUGGCUCUAAAUUGUGAUGCUCCAUUGGAUGACAAAAAUGGAGCUGAGUCUAAAAAUUGGAGAGCUGGAAAACCAGUUAGAGUUGUUCGCAGUUCAAAAGGUCGAAGGAUCAGCAAAUAUGCUCCAGAGGAAGGCAAUAGAUAUGAUGGCAUAUACAAGGUGGUGAAAUAUUGGCCAGAAAUUGGAAAAUGUGGAUUUUUAGUUUGGCGCUAUCUUCUGAGAAGAGAUGAUGCUGAACCUGCACCUUGGACUACAGAGGGAAUUGAACGGUCAAAGAAAUUGGGCUUGAGUUUACAGUACCCAGAAGGCUAUUGGGAAGCAAUGGCAAAUAAAGAAAAGAAAGAUAAAGUAAAAAAGCAGCCUGUGAAACAGGAAUCAAUGGAACAGAGCAAUGGAAAUCAGAAAAGACCAAUUAAUGACGACAAUAUAAAGCAACGUACAAAUACAGCCAAAACAAUGAAGAUGAGUGAUGGAGGGAAGGGAGAAGCUUUUCAGCUAACACAGCAACAACAAUGGUUGAUACAGGAAGACUCUCCAAACCAGAAACUUUGGGAUGAAGUUCUUAAAUUUCUUAAAGAAGGACCAAAUUUUUUGAAGAAACUGGAACAAUCCUUUAUGUGUGUUUGCUGCCAGGAGCUGGUUUAUCAGCCGGUGACCACAGAGUGCCUGCACAAUGUCUGUAAAAGCUGUUUACAGCGCUCUUUCAGAGCUGAAGUCUUCACCUGUCCUGCUUGCCGACACGACCUUGGAAAGGGCUACAUCAUGGUUCCCAACAAGAUACUGCAAACACUACUUGACCAGUUCUUCCCUGGUUAUAGCAAAGGCCGAUGAUAUGUAUUUGUAACCUUCUUCUCCAAAUGACUGAAUAAACUAAAAGAACAAAACAUCUAGGAAAACAGUGGACCAGCCAGCUUGAGGGAAUUCAUAUUUACUAUCACAUUGUGAAGCCGCUAAUUCAACCCUCUUUCCCAUUUAGCAAUCUGUUGUGUAGUAAGAACUUCAAAUUCUCAGCUUCCUUUCCACAAAGGUAGUUUUGAACAGAUGAGCAUUAGUUUGUAUGCAGGAAUAAACGCUUUCUUGGCUCUGGCCACGGUAGUAGCAGGUCUUCAGUUGUUUUUGUAACUACCUCAGUUGGAGAAAACAAAUUGGGGGAAGUUUAACAACACAUCCAAUGAAGUUUAGCUACACACUGCCUCCUGAACAUUAGUUUUGCCUGGUCCAUGCAAUUUGAUUUUGCAACAAGAAAACAGCACGUAAGAAGCCAGUUUUAUUGAGAACAUCAAAUGCUGUGGUAUGCAUAAUUCUUUAUUGUGUUUUCUCUCCUGCUGUCUUUCUUACUCCUUUUGCAACAACAAGCUUUUAGUCUAUUUUUGUGAGCGUUAUUGUGCUCUCGUAUCUUCUGCAAGUUGACUACUAAGGACUGAGAAUAUGAAUGCAUCGUUGCUGUUGAUGUAAAGUGAUUUGUGUUUUUUGCACUUAAAGAGGGUGUUCAAGACACUCUAAUUGUGUAAAAACUAUUUCAUAUAAAACAAGCCACUUUUGUAUUAGGUAAAAUUGUUUGCUUUUAGUAGGUCUUGUAUUAGUGGCAAUACAUCUUAUACAGCAUUGAAAGCAGUGCAAGCUUGGAGAGAGCUCAAAUUGCUUCAUAUUGUGAUCUGAAAUUUUAUAUACAGUAUAUUCCCCACCCCUGAAUAUACUUAUUAAAUAUUUUAUGAUUCAUAA